UGGAACUGGAAAGAUCCCGGGGUCAGCAGAUGCCUUUAAAGUGACAGGGAACACCUCCGUGCCUGGGCACCUCAGCCGCUCCCAGUUCCUCCAGACAAGCAGCCCAAGGCCGAGCGCUCCUCCCGUGGCACGAUGCUCCCGGCACGGCAGUGGCACACAGGAGUCAGCCCCGCGCAGGAGCUCACAGCCUGCCCAGGGCUGGCGGGAGAAUUGAGCCCACAGAGCAUCAGCAUGGCCAGCUCGGUCAUCUUGGCCAGGGGCACAGCUCUGCACAGCCCCUGGCAGAGGACAGGCAGCAGGACAGGCAGCAGGACAGCAGUGGCUGAUGCUGGUACAGCCAGAGACUACUUGCAGCAGUUUGUUCCAAGUGAGCGCUCAUCUCACCCAGAGAGAACCACUCAGCCUCAGGAGCUGCUGGCCUGGCCCGGGGCAGACGCCCCGAGGCACCUCCACUCGGGGCAUCUCCCCUCCGUGUGUUUGCGGCUCGGACGGCGGGGCAGCCCCGGGACCCGCCCGCGGCCCCGGUGGCACUCGCAGAGCUGGGAGUGAUGCAAGGAAAUUACUCCAAGCUGCUCCCCCGCUGGCAGCAGCGUCACCGUCAGCUCAGGGCCUGGGCAGGGCUUACCUGCAGACACACAGAGACAACCCCAUGCCCACAUGGCCUCACACAGAAUUUUGACUUACCCUGCAGAGCUCCGAGUGCUGAUUUUGGAGAGUCUGUCUGCAUCCUCCCUGUGGUGUGGGUCAGGAUAUGCAACUUUGUGAUGAAACCCUCUCUUUUCCAAAGUGCAGUUUUCUGUCUUUACCUCCACCACAGAAAAAGGCGAGGGGAAUCUCCACUCCCACUUGGAACGUUCUCACAAAUGGAGAAUGGGAGCAGCAAGGUGCAGAUUCCCAAAGCUCCAAUCAGUCAAUAUUGCUGAGCAGGAUCCUUUAUCACUCCUGUUUCCAGAAUCUCCUGAUGAGUGUUUGGUGCUAAUUCUGGUUAAGGAAAAUCAGAUGUUGUUUCAGGACUGGGGAUUUGGUUUGGGCUCUAGUUUAUUCAUGUAUAAAUUUCAGCUUGCAAAUGCUUUUGAGUUCCCUUCAUGGCCCUGAAUUUCCUCAUCGAGGUCUCAGAACCUGCUUUUGAGUUCGAGCCCGUGGUUGGCAGCUGCAUUAAUUGCAGCAGUGCUGGGCAUGUCUGCACAGUUUUCUACCCCACCACUCUUUCACUCUGCCAGUGCUGCUGGAGACAAAUCCCAUUUUUUGUGCAAAGUAGGUAAAUCAGGUUACUUAGAGCAUGUUCUUCCAGUCCCCAGAAGCUUUUACUGUCCUAUUAUUCACCCUCUGCUGCCAUCAUGGGGCCACUUUGUCAUUCCGACCUCUUCUCUAUCCUCUCAUCCAGACUCUCAUGGCAAACUGAGGUUCCUCAGAGCUCGGGGGCAUUUCAGACCCAUUGAGGUUACUUGCAAAGGAAGGGAAAUCACAUUAGUAAUUUUUAGUUCCCUACAUGUUGUUCGGCCUUUAUAAACCUUCUUUCUUCCUUGCCUUGCUCCUCCAGGGGUUUUCUCAGCUGUGGGUGUUUGGCAACACCAGGAGCCCAGGUUGAAGUGCCACCACCAUUCCCAUGUCACCUUUACCUGCAGCACUUGAGACGAACCAGCUCCAACCCCCAGCAAUGGCAGGGAAUAUAUUCAGGAUGUUUUCCAUGUAUGCUGCUUUUUUAGGAGCUGUGACAGAGUCUGUUCUCAGCACACCUUUCCCAGGUGAAACCACAGCUCAAAAGGUGUUGUUCCCCUCAUGCAAAAGUCAGCCCUGAUCCUACUGAGCAGACAACAGUUGCCCUAUAAAAGUGACAUGUCAUUCAGCCAAAUCACUGGGGCACAAAGGGACUCACCAACAGAUCCUGGCAAUUGCAAACACAGCCCAAGCCAGCAUUAAAAGAGAAGAACAGGAGAUUAAGCUCCUAUCAAGAGGUAAUUAAAGCUGGGAGAUAAUGAUGACAAUCACAGUGAAUCAAUUGGUACAGGGAUGUUUGCCCAACAAACGACUGUUGUUAGAGACAGAAGCAGGAAUUAUUAUCCAUCAGCAGAAAUAGUCCAUCCAAUUGCUGUGAAUGACCCCAUCAGGUAAUUAAAGGGGCAUUCCAGCCCCACUGCAUUGUUUGCUGUUAAUCAUGAUUGCUCAUAUUCAUAGCUUUACCCAAAUAAUUGCCCCUGAUAAGGGCAGCACAUUUAUAGGGGACCACAAGAGGAAUGGGCCAGUGGAGCAUCAGCAGCGAGCCACGAGGGACCAGGGUUGGAGGAAGGCAGGUGUGUUAUAAAUUCCGGAUACGGUUCCUGUGCGGUCCUUGGGGAAAGAUUUCAGGAGAGGACAUGGUUUCCAUGAUGACAACUCUGUGGCAAGUCAUUAUUCCCAUGAUUGUCCUGUCCCACUUCUCAGCAUCUCUGCCAUCCCGGGAGAGUCCCCCCAGGAUGGAGCGACAUGCUGACGGGCUCUUCCACAGCGAGCUCAGCAAGAUGAACGGCAACGCCUACGUGAGGCAGCUGGUCAAACACCUGGUGGGCCUCAAGGAGAGGUCCCAGCGGCACUCGGAUGGGCUGUUCACCAGCGAGUACAGCAAGAUGAGAGGGAACGCCCAGGUGCAGAAAUUCAUCCAAAACCUCAUGGGCCGCAAGCGCAGCUCUCCUGGCCCGGUCGACACAGAUGUGCAGGAGAGAGAGGGAGAGAACAACCCUGCAGAACUUUGCUUUCUCUGGUUGUACCAGAGCUUUCUGAACACCAGCCUCUCAGACAGAGAUGCCUGGGAAGCUGCUGCCAUCAGCAGCCGGUACGUUUGCCCCAUCUCUAAGCCUCUGGUUGCAGACAUGAAGGAAGAUACAGAUGGUUCUGCCUGAAGGUGAAGGGAAAAAAACAGCCAAGGAGACAGCUUUGCAUGUGUAUGGCCUUGAAAAUAAACAGGGAAGCUCUUGAAUUUGCUUAGGAAAAACUCUUGAGAUUGGCAAAUAAAUAAAAAUAAUCGUGGAAAGCAGCCAAAACCCGAUGAAACCUCUUAGAUUACCCAAAGUGAAA